GACGGUUACCGUUCAGUCGCGCGCCUCGGUUUCAUCCCCAGUCGGGCUCAGUGUAGCUGCGCACUUUGCUCAUUACGCACGCAUCCACUUCCACUUGCGCUCCUUUGGAUAUUCACACCAACGGGUUUCGUAUUUUUUUCCUCCACACAUAUUUGCGUAAACUUGGUAUACUAACCACACCGGAUAGCCGAGCGCGGGCCAUCCAAGGCGAUGCUGUGCGUGCUGCUUUUACCUAUCGCCGCUUUCCUGCUGCGCGCGGAGGCGGCGGUCAGCAUCAGCACCAACCAUCACAACAACAACAACAACAACAACAACAACAACAACAACGGAAACACAGCGGACACGGACAAGUGGAUCAGCGACAAGGACAAGUACUGGAGCAAAUUCCGUGACGAGGUUGAGGAUGAUUACUUCAGGACCUGGAGCCCAAGCAAAGCACAAGAGAAAGAGCCAGAGAACAGGCCCAGGAGGCAUGGGGAACCAGGAUCCAAAACACACCCAGUGCAGGCUAAAGUCAGGGCUGAUGAUGGUUUGGAUAUUACUAAAGAUCCUUGUAUGAAGGUGCGCUGUCCUCCUCAAAAAGUGUGUGUGAGUCAUGACCUCCAAACAGCCAUCUGUGCCAAUCACAAACCUCCACAGCACAGCAUUAAGCCAAGGAAAGGCAGCCAUCUCCAUAAACACUGGAUGGGAGCGACGAAUCAUGGGAAAUGUAAACCUUGUCCUGUUGCCCAUCCUAGUCCAGUGUGUGCCUCGGAUGGUCAUACCUACACUUCAAAGUGUAAGAUGGAGUUCCAGGCAUGUGCUUCGGGAAAGAGCAUCUUAGCAAAGUGUGAAGGACCGUGUCCCUGCCUGCCUGGACAGGAAGUCUUCAAGCCACACACUGAAAAGAAUGCUUGCAGUGACACUGAUCUGAAAAGUUUGGCCUCAAGACUGAAGGAUUGGUUUGGGGUGCUGCACAUGGAUGCCAACCGAGAUCUGAAGAUUUCUGCCAAUGACAACAGUCAAGGACGUUUUGACACCAGCAUCCUCCCUAUCUGUAAGGACUCUCUUGGCUGGAUGUUCAACAAGUUGGAUAUGAACUACGAUCUCUUGCUCGACCAGUCAGAGCUCAGCGCUAUUUAUCUGGACAAGUACGAGCUGUGUAUGCGCCCACUCUUCAACUCCUGUGACUCCUUUAAGGACGGGAAGCUUUCCAACAACGAGUGGUGCUACUGCUUCCAGAAACCAGAUGGUCUGCCCUGUCAGAAUGAAAUAAAUAGGAUUCACACUCAAAGCCGGCGGAAGUCUCUUAUAGGACCAUUUGUCCCACGCUGCACAGAGGAUGGCUACUUUAAGGCCACACAGUGUCAUGGCAGCACAGGCCAGUGUUGGUGUGUUGAUAAAUAUGGCAAUGAGAUUGCCGGCUCCAGGAAACAAGGCAACCCGAUCUGCGAGGAGGAUCAGGAGACCUCAGGGGAUUUUGGCAGCGGAGGAGCCGUCAUUCUUCUUGAUGACCAGGAGGAGGAGGAGGAGCCUCCACAAAACAGGCGGCGCAGACAGAAGGAGAAGCGUGGCAGGCUCCGCCCCCGUGGAGCCAUAGAGGAUGAUGAAGAUGAAGAGGACGACAAAGAAGACGAGAUUGGCUACAUCUGGUAGCUCCACCCCAUCUCCCGUUUGCCAACCAGGGACCCCGGUUGUAAUGCACAGAUCUAAAGCCAUUCCAACCCCAUGCUCUGGAUCAGAUUCUCAAAAAAAAACAAAAAAAAAACAUUAAUAACUAUAAUCAGCAUCACCUGUAUUCUUUUUUUUUUCUUCUUAUUUGUGUGUUUUCUAUUUUUUAGCUGUUCUUAACAAUAUAAAUCAGUUAAAAACUCAUAUAAUACAUAUAAAUCGCAUCUAUUGGCUCCCGCUCUUGUUUUUUCUUACAUGGAUCCAUGCCAACUUUUCUUUGUAUUGUUUUUUCUUAUUUCUAUCUCUUUUUUAUCCAUCCAUAGAGCUCCUGAAGCCAUUUAAGAGCUGCGGCUGUAAAUAUUUCUUUUUCUCUUCAGACAGAUGAGGCACUACAUCUCCCUCCAUCCCAGAGUUUCUCACCUGAGCCUUCUAGAAGACUCCUAGAAGUGAUAGAAGGCUCUUCCUGUUUGUAUAAAUGGCAUUAAUAAAAUAGAAUAAAACAUUCUGAUGGUAAUAAUAGUAAGGAUCUGGCGUGUUUAAGGAGGCUCUAGUGAGAUACUUAAAGGGCCUAUGCAUGCUCCCCACUGUGGAGGUGAGAAGAAGGUGAUUGUUUUUUUUGUUUGUUUGUUUGUUUGUUUUUUUAGCUUGUGGCUAAUAGAAAGCCAAUGAGCAUUUUAUUUUGUGAUACUGCUGUUGUUUGCUGACGCUCUGCUUCGUUCUAUUGCUGGAUCGUAGCCACAGUGCUACCACAAAUCUCUAUUAACAAACCUUUCCAUUCCAUCGCACAGUGUGGUACGGUGAUCUCAUGGUACUGUAACUAAUCUGCUAAUCCAUUGGGUUCCCUUCUUGCCAAGGCAGAAAGAAGACCAACCCGGGAGCUAGAAACGGUGCGAAGCUUUGACUGUUGAAAUCUAAUUGUUGCUUUAUUGUCAUGUGUCAAUUAAAAAAAACACAUCAAGUAGCUACUGAACUGUUUCAUGACUCUUUACAUCAUUCCAAGUGCAGAGUAAAUAUUAAACCAGACCACGAAGCUCCUCCAUUGUUGCUAUUAUCAUUGCCAUUGUGUGGUAAAUGUAAUGAUUACACAAAACCUCUAGAAAACUCCUCUGAUUUUCCUAAGAAUGCCUAGUUUCCUAGGAAAUAGACACAGGUACUCAACUAGGAUGCAAAUAGUUCUGAAUUCAGGUUAGUAACCAAGACCAUACCGUACCAUACCGCACUGUCCAAUGGAAAAGCAGAAUAGUGUGUGUCUGUGUGUGAGUCCAAACUUUAAAAUAUCCAAACCUUCAGCACUUCCGACCCUUUCCGACCCAUGUAAAAAUGUUUGAUUUUUGAUUUAUGCAAUCAUUCCUUUUAAAUUAUUCUUGCUCUUAUAUUCUGUUCAAACUUCAUUUCCAAGAAAGUCUGAGAACCUUCCCCCAGCGGUGAGUGAAGUUUUUCAGCCUGUCCUUCACGCAAUUCCACUAAAUACUCUCUCAUUCUGAAACAGAAAUAAUGGAUGAUGGACACACACACAAAAAAACCCUCUUCAUGACCUCUUCAAUGUCAAGCUGGGUGCUUUUGUGAACCUGGCUGUAGCACUUUUUUCCACUUCCUUUCAAAGCAGGCAACAUUUUAUUUUGACAGUCUCUUAAGAAAAAUGGAUGAUGCAGUUUUUUCGCUGUGCUCAGCCGUCCGCAUGGUGUGUCAAGAACAAAAACAAACUGCAGUUUUUGAAUAGAAACUAUUAGGACUUGGUUUUAGCUCCUUUACAUCAUACAGAUAUACAUCAUACUAGGUGUAUAAAUGUCCAGCAUGAGACUAGGUGAGAAAUUAAAUAGUUCUGUCGGUUUUUAAGGGGACGUUUCAAGGCUCUAGGAGUCAGACCUGAGCUCUGAGUUUAAUAAAUCAGAUCCAAGUUGUCAUAUAAGCGUAAUCAUAAUAGCCUGUCUCUCUAUGGAGUCUGAUCAUUGAGGAGACGGAUUAUAAUGCAUUUCUUUACUGAUAGCAAAAGUGAUUAAAUCACAGCAUUCAGCUCAGUGUAUUUGUCUUUGUCUCUGAGAGUCACAUUUACUCGCAUCCCUGGAAUAUUUAGUGGUAUUUGUGAUGGACAUUGCGAGACACGAUGAUGAAGAUAAUGCAGAGGAGAAAUACUUCAGUUUGUUUGUCUGACCAGUGGUUCUCAAGGUGUUGAGUCUCAGGGGCCAAGAAGGACUAACCAGGGGUCUGUAAUCAUUAUUAUUUUAUUUGCUAUCUUAUCUUAUUUAUUUACUUGUAUUUGUUGAUGAAAAUCAUAACCCAUUAUUAAGUUAUUAUUCGGGAUACGUACUGUACAUAACGAUACAAUAACGCACCUUUACAUCUUAUUACGCACAUGAGUCGAUAGAGUUUUGUUUGUUUACUUAAAGAGAGUGUGAAGUAGAGUGUAUUAGAAUGUAACUGAACAGAAAUUUGUCUAGAUUUUCAGUAAUCAGAGGUAAAGAAAGAGUUUGCUGAACUCUCACACUCAGGAAGUCCUUGUUUGCUCAACACAGCUUAUAUCAAAAGUUAAGAAGAUGAAGGUUAAGGUUAGGGAUGAUAUGAUAUGAAACAAUAGAAGCUAACCAUCUUGCUGUCGUUUGUUAAAAUUCCUACUAACAUGAGGUCAUUACAUACAGUAUAUCUUCUAUAUUGUCUUGCUUGUGGACACUUGAUUUGACGGAUUUUAUUUCAAAGCUCAAUAACUUAAAAAUAAGUAGCCUAUAAAUAACGCUACUUAAUGAAAGAACGCAAUUUCCAGAAUAAAAAGCUCUAUGGCUGCAAUAACAAGCUUAAUAGUUGAACAGGUGAAUUAUAUUCAAUGAAAAUAUUCUGUACUGAGUACGAAGUGGAUCAAUGGGAUAUAGUCUAUAGUUUACUAGGCGGUUUCAUGCAGAGAAAGUUAGAGAACGCUGACUUUAAGUAAUGGUACAGUGACGUCUCAAUGUCCAUCAGGAAGCAGGAAGUUCGGUCGUUACUAUCCUCUGUCCGUCUCUGUUCUGCUUCAGCACGAAACUCCGCCCUCUCCAUUCUACCAUCACUUGGUUUGCUACUGCAGCAUUGAACCACUUUGUUCAUUCAGAAAUCGACCCUACAAAACAUACACACACACACACACACACACACACACACACACACACACACACACACACGCACACGCACACGCACACACAAAUACA